AAACCACUGACCUACACCACUGCUCUACUGGCCCACACCUUCAGUCUCGCUGGAGAAGAAGACAUCCGAGCUGAGCUUCUGAAACACUUGGACAGUGUAGCAACCUCUGAUGGGAGUCUCAUGCACUGGUCUCAGUCCUCAUCAGAGUGAGCUGAUUCUCUGGAGGUGGAGACGAGCUCUUAUGUGCUGUUAGCUGUUCUCACCAAACCCACACUGACUGCUGCUGACUUAGGCUAUGCUUCCAGGAUUGUCAACUGGCUGGUGAAGCAGCAAAAUCCAUAUGGAGGCUUCUCUUCCACACAGGACACGGUGGUGGCACUGCAGGCUCUGGCUCUGUACGCCACCAAGGUCUUCAGCCCUCAUGGCUUCAGCACAGUGACCGUGCAGUCAGCAGGUGGCGACAAACACCAGUUUGAUGUGAACCAGCACAACACAUUACUGUACCAGGAGACCGCGCUGCAGGACGUUCCUGGGAAGUACAGCGUUGAAGUGACGGGCUCUGCAUGUGCUUCUGUGGGGGUGGCUCUUUUCUACAACAUCCCCACUCCGACUGAGCACUCAACCUUGAGCAUUAAGACUCAAGCCAAGCCUCUGACCGAAGCAGAAUGCAACAAGGCCAAUGGGCAGGCCUUCAUCCUAAAAAUCACAAUCCAGUAUAAUGGACCACUGCCAAGCACCAACAUGGCUAUAAUAGAUGUGACAAUGUUAUCUGGUUUCACACCUGACUCUUCCUCUCUACAGGGCAGCAGCAUAUUAGUGGACCGAGUCGAUAAGAAAGAUGACCACAUCCUUGUGUAUCUGUCACAGGUUCCAAAGGAUAUUCAUUACCAGCUGUCCAUCCGACAGGAUGUCCUAGUAAACAACCUGAAGCCGGCAGUGGUCAAAGUGUAUGACUACUACCAAAUCAGUGAUGAAGCAGAGGCAGAGUACAGCUCCCCGUGUGCGUAAGAAGAGAUCCUGGUGGAUUCAAUCAUUCUGGU